GAUACAACAAAAAAAGAAAACUUCAGGCCAAUAUGCUUGAUGAACAUUGAUGCAAAAAUCCUCAAUAAAAUAUUGGCAAACCAAAUCCAGCAGCACAUCAAAAAGCUUAUCCACCAUGAUCAAGUAGGCUUCAUCCCUGGGAUGCAAGGUUGGUUCAACAUACACAAAUCAAUAAAUGUGAUUCAUCACGUAAACAGAACUAAAGACAAAAGUCACAGGAUUAUGUCAAUAGAUGCAGAAAAGGCUUUGAUAAAAUUUAACAACCUUCAUGUUAAAAACUCUCAAUAAACUAUGUAUUGAAGGAACGUACCUCAAAAUAAUCAGAGCCAUAUAUGACAAACCCACAGUCAAUAUCAUACUGAAUGGGCCAAAGCUGGAAGUAUUCCCCUUGAAAACUGACACAAGGAUGCCCUCUGUCACCACUCCUAUUCAACAUAGUAUUGGAAGUUGUGGCCAGGGCAAUUAGGCAAGAGAAAGAAAUAAAGUGUAUCUGAGUAGGAAGAGAGGAAGUCAGACUAUCCCUGUUUGACCCCAUCAUCUCAGCCCAAAAUCUAUUUAUUUAUUUAUUUAUUUAUUUUGGGAUGGAGUCUUGCUGUGUCGCUCAGGCUGGAGUGCAGUGGCACAAUCUUGGCUCACUGCAACCUCCGCCUCCCGGGUUCAAGCGAUUCUCCUGCCUCAGCCUCCUGAGUAGCUGCUACUACAGGUAUGUGCCACGAUGUCUGGCUAAUUUUUUCUAUUUUUAGUAGAGACGGGGUUUCACUAUGUUAGCCAGGAUGGACUUGGUCUCCUGACCUCAUGAUCCACCCACCUCGGCCUCUCAAAGUGCUGGGAUUACAGGCAUGAGCCACCACACCCAGCCCCCAAAGUUUCUUAAGCUGAUAAGCAACUUCAGCAAAGUCUCAAGUUACAAAAUUAAUGUGUAAAAAUUGUUAUAGCAUUUCUAUACACCAACAACAGUCAAGCUGAGAGCCAGAUCAUGAGUGAGCUCCCACUCACAAUUGCUACAAGAAGAAUAAGGUACCUAGUAAUUCAGGUUACAAGUGAAGUGAAGGACCUUUACAAAGAGAACAACAAACCACUGCUCAAAGGAAUCAGAGAGGAUACAAAUGGAAAAACAUUCCAUGCUCAUGUAUAGGAAGAAUCAAUAUUAUGAAAACGGCCAUACUGCCCAAAAUAAUUUAUUGAUCCAAUGCUAUUCCCGUUAAACUACCAUGGAAGUUCUCCACAGAAAUAGAAAAAAAAAUAUUUUAAAAUUCAUGUGGAACCCAAAGAGAGCCUGAAGAGCCAAGGCAAUUCUCAGCAAAAAGAAAAAUCUGGAGGCAUCAUGCUCUUCAACUUCAAACUAUACUACAGGUCUACAGUAACCAAAGCAGCAUGGCACUGGUGCAAGAAAAGACACAUAGACCAAUGGAACAGAAUAGAGAACCCAGAAAUAAGACUACACCCCUACAGCAAUCUGAUAUUUGACAAACCCGACAGAAACAAGCAAUGGAGAAAGGAUUCUCUAAUAAAUGGUGCUGGGAAAGCUGGCUAGCCAUAUGUGCAAAUUGAAACUGGACUCCAGCCCCACACCUUAUAUAAAAAUCAGCUCGCUUUUUCCGCGCUACCUGCAGAGGGGUCCAUACGGCGUUGUUCUGGAUUCCCGUCGUAACUUAAAGGGAAACUUUCACAAUGUCUGGAGCCCCUGAUGUCCUGCAAAUGAAGGAGGAGGAUGUCCUUAAGUUCCUUGCAGCAGGAACCCACUUAGGUGGCACCAAUCUUGACUUCCAGAUGGAACAGUACAUCUAUAAAAGGAAAAGUGAUGGCAUCUAUAUCAUAAAUCUGAAGAGGACCUGGGAAAAGCUUCUGCUGGCAGCUCGUGCUAUUGUUGCCAUUGAAAACCCUGCUGAUGUCAGUGUUAUAUCCUCCAGGAAUACUGGCCAGAGGGCUGUGCUGAAGUUUGCUGCUGCCACUGGAGCCACUCCAAUUGCUGGCCGCUUCACUCCUGGAACCUUCACUAACCAGAUCCAGGCAGCCUUCCGGGAGCCACGGCUUCUUGUGGUUACUGACCCCAGGGCUGACCACCAGCCUCUCACGGAGGCAUCUUAUGUUAACCUACCUACCAUUGCGCUGUGUAACACAGAUUCUCCUCUGCACUAUGUGGACAUUGCCAUCCCAUGCAACAACAAGGGAGCUCACUCAGUGGGUUUGAUGUGGUGGAUGCUGGCUCGGGAGGUUCUGCGCAUGCGUGGCACCAUUUCCCGUGAACACCCAUGGGAGGUCAUGCCUGAUCUGUACUUCUACAGAGAUCCUGAAGAGAUUGAAAAAGAAGAGCAGGCUGCUGCUGAGAAGGCAGUGACCAAGGAGGAAUUUCAGGGUGAAUGGACUGCUCCAGCUCCUGAGUUCACUGCUACUCAGCCUGAGGUUGCAGACUGGUCUGAAGGUGUACAGGUGCCCUCUGUGCCUAUUCAGCAAUUCCCUACUGAAGACUGGAGUGCUCAGCCUGCCACGGAAGACUGGUCUGCAGCUCCCACUGCUCAGGCCACUGAAUGGGUAGGAGCAACCACUGACUGGUCUUAAGCUGUUCUUGCAUAGGCUCUUAAGCAGCAUGGAAAAAUGGUUGAUGGAAAAUAAACAUCAGUUUCAAAAAAAAAAAAAA